AUGAUGGGCACACUAUCACCGCAAUCGGCGCCCUCGUCGCCCUCCAUCUCAGCGCGCCGCGCCUCGCGCUCUUCUACACACAAACCCUCACUGUCAAUCGACCUCUCCAACCUCCCAGCACUCACCCAACCCUCCCCUCCAACAAACACCCUCCUAAUCACGGACCUUAACGACCUCCACCUCUUCCAACCAUCCUCUCUCGCCGCCAUUCGCGAACUCAUCGAAUCCAUCGCACCGCUAAACUCCUUCUCUCCGCUCCCCUCCUUCCGCCGCAUCGUCGCCUCCUUCCACAACGAGGACGACGCCAUCCGCGUCCGCAAGCAUCUGGACCGCGAAAGCCUGCUGAACCGCGCCGUCACAAAGAUCUACUUUGGCGAGCCAACGCCGCUUCUUGAAACCAACGACGCAGGCGGAAUCAAGCAUAAGCUCCUCGAAGCGCCGCAGGUCGAUAAGCUGUUCUUUAUCAGCCCGCCGCCAUCCCCACCGCACGGGUGGGUGAUGCGCACGGAAGAUCCGCCUAACAAGGAGGUUCACGCCAGCGAUCUUGCUCAGGCACUUGCUCAGCUGCAGACGGAGGGUUCCGGGUCUGCUGCCUUUGGCAGCAAUGUCUACGCUACCUCUACCGCGCCAGCCCAGCAGAUGCAGACUGACCCGGAUACGCCAAUGUCUCUUUCGUCUGACAAAAGACAAGGGAGCUGGCCGUUGUCUCAGCAGCGGAGCAGGAGCAGCACGCUAAUCUACAACCCCGAGGAACACGGCAGCAGCCCAAAUCUCCCUGCUGUCAUGGUUGAAGAUACAAGCGCCGACCCGGAUGACAUGGAUGUUGAGAUGAGCCCGAUUGAUAUGCCCACGAAGCAGACGCCACCAUUCAAGACUGCUCGGCCGCCUGUUGAGCUGAUGGUCUGA